AUGACUUCCCCACCUUCGCAAGGGGGCUCAGGACCCUCAACAACUCAAAAGCAAAAGCGCAUUCAAGCCACUCGAUCUCACUCUUCUCCCUCUUUGACACAUUGGAUAGGAACGCCCGAAGGAGGUAUGAAAAGGAGAUGGAUACCUUCUAGUUCUCCUGGGGUUGCUACAACCUGCGUGGAAGAUAAGAAAGGUGUAGGCAAGGUCGAUAAAGGAAAGGGUAAAGAUACAGGCGUAGAAGAAGGAUUGAGUCAACUCUACGUGACUCACGAGAAACAAGAACUUUCUUCCACUUCCUCUACAUCAAAUGCCAGAAGACGAUCACCUAUAAAGAAAUCUACCGUCAUUCAGUCUGACGAACCACAGCUAGAACCGGGAUUAGAACCGAUACCUAAGCAAGAUGCGAGUGUUAUCGCGGAUGAAUUGCCCAGAGCUCAGACGCAGAGGAACAGUUGGGGCAGCAGUUUGGUGGGGAGUGUAGUGACAGCUGGUGUUUUUGGUGCUGCUUUGGGAUUGACUGCUUAUAGAUUAUUGGCAAAUCAGCCGCAGUCCAAAGUGGGCAACGAUGAAGAUAAUGGAGAAGCACGAUUAGACCAGUACUCGGUUCAGAAUUGUGUUGAGAUUGAGAUUGAGACUAGCUCAAGUGAAGAAGUGCAAGUGCCAAACAACGAAGACGAGUCAUUGCAGAAUACUUUGACCUUCGCAAACGCAAUACUACGCAGAGAAGACAUUGAGGACGUGGAAGCAAGCGAUCAGACAACCCAAGACCAGAUACAAAGGCAACAUCAAUAUUCGAGUGAUACCGAAACUCCGGAACAUGUCGGUCCCAGUCCAUUACUCUCAAAGCAUGACGAUCAGGAUCAAAUUGCCCAAGAUCCUGUAUCAGACUUACCGCCUCCACCAGCUUACGAAGAGACCGUACAGAGAGAUGCCAAGGUGAAAGAAUGGGAGGAUGUUGAGAUAGAUGAUCAUCUCGUCACACCUUCUUCCUCGAAAAUAUCCACUCUGCGAUCGAAGGCCUCUUCCAUGUUCUUAUCUCCCUCAUGUUCACCUUCACCCAAAUCCCGCCGUAACAGACACGCCAGGAUUCGUCGUUCGAGAUCAUCAAGAAAUGGUUGGAUGUAUAAUCAUCCUUUAUCAGAUUCGAGGUCUUUGCCUAGUAUCGAGAUCUAUCGUCCUACGCUAGAUGAUGAGGAGAUUGAGUCUACUUUCAGUGGUAGUCCAAAUGUCAAAAUGAAGACGGGUGUCAAGUCGCCUAGUACGGACGAAUCACGAGAUAACGAAGGGGACCUCAAGCUGUUACGAGACAGAGACGAUGAUAUAAAGGGUCAGAAAGAAGAAGGCGAAGAGGAUGAUGAACAGUCGAGCGAAAUGAUCUCGAGAUUAGAUUCGAUGUCACUUCAACUUACAGCCUUGAUAGAAGAAGGUAAGAAAGCUUUGGAGAGUACACUUGGAUUGGGGACGACUCCAGGAUGGGAAGAAGAGGGAGAUCUGUUCACUCCUAGUCCAAAAGACCGGAAGAAUGUUGGAGAUGAUGAACUGCGAGAAUCUAGUAGAGAAAGGAAUGUUAAUCAUAAGAAGAUGAGAAGAGAGAGUAAGAUCCCUAUGAGGGUAGGAUCAGAUAUGCACCUCAGACAUUCUUCUUCAUCGACUAUGCUCGAUUCAGAUAAAAGGCAUACGAGUAGGAAAAUUGGCUCGUCAAGUGAAGUUGAGAGGUCACAACGAGAGGAACCAAAGUCCAAGAUUCCAGUUAUGAACAAAAGUAGGAGUAUGGUCAGUGGACUUAAUGGUGUUUAG